CAACGACAUCGCAACUCUCGGCGUCCACAACUGGAGGGACGCCGCGAUGGACCGGGACGCCUGGGCAGCUGCCUCCGUCGCCAUCCUGAGGCAGCCGGACCCCCACGAGGAGCGCCGCGACGAGGCGAAAGCGAGGAAGCGCCGACGGACGGGUCAGCCGGACGCAGCGUAAUGGAAGGAAUGCCAGGAGGGUGGCCGUGACCAAGGAGUAGGUUCACUCCACCUUGACCAACUGCAGGCCGCCGAAAUAAAGGACCUGGGAGAGGACAUCGCGGAGAGCAGCUGACCCAACUGAGCAGCGCGUCCGGGAGAUCCUAACUGAAGCCGAGCUGGCCGACCGCCGGUCUUCGCAGUUUCUAUGGCACCUGAAGGCCCUUCGCGGGACGUCUUUUCCAGUCCAACCUACUCCUCCCCCAGCUGUGGCUUCGUCGCUCGCCCGUCCAAGCGCAGGACACCAUGGCCGUGCAGAGCUCGCAGCGCCCGGACGACCGUCAUCGGUCGGGCAACCGCACUGGUAACCGGCACCAAUGGCCGCCGUUCGGAAAACGACAAAUAGCCGCGUCGACGGGCGCCACACCGGUUACCAUCGCCUCCACCGCCCCCCCCCCACGCAGCACCUCAACGCGGCCCUGCGGCGCCCGGCCCCGGAACGCCCCUCCGUGUCACGUGGUUCGCUGACGAGCUCCUCGACGCCCGGAAGUGCCACUUCCUGCUGGACACCGGCUCCGAGUUUACGGUAGUACGGCAUGGCCUGUUGCCCCCGUGCCUGCCCCCAGCAUGCAGGUGCAGGGCGCGUUCGAGAAGGGCCCUUCCGCCGCGCUCCGCGGCCCCCGCUGCGUCUCUACCGCUGUGUGACGGCUGUCGUCACGGGCGUCGAACUGGCCGUCACCUGCUUCGAGGGCGCCAUUUACGAGCAGUGCCUUCUCGGGGGCGACUUCUUGGUCGCUCACGUGGCCAAUCUAGACGCCGAUGGGGAACGCCUGCUGCUGCGCGACGGCCGCGUCGUCCCACCGCACGGUGCUGCCGCCUCGCUCCAGCGCCACCGUCUACGUGUCGGCCAGUGGUGGAGACUUGCUUGAAGUACCCGCUGCCGACGGCUACCCUCAACUGCCGCGGGCGCCUCCCAACCCCUUGGCCGACGGUGGCGGCCGUGUCCUGGUGGUGACCGUGUGCAGCGACGCCGACCGGCCGCUGACGCUCCGCCGCGGUACCCACAUCGGCAACCUGCACGUGUCGGCACUACUCCCGGCCCACAUCCGCGCGAUAAUGGCUGAGGACGCCGGCGCUACCCCGGCUGCGGAACUCCCCGCACCCCUGCUGGCCCUGCUGGACUCCUGCACCGCCGCUCUCUCCGAGGGCGGUGAGAUCGGGCACUGCACACUCGUCGAGCACGACAUCGACACCGUAGAUUCGGUACCCAUGAAGCAGGCACCGAGGCGGCUUGGCUUCCACCAGCAACAGACGGCGGACAACAGCAUCCGAGAGAUGACGGAGCAGGACGUCAUGGAGCAGUCGCACUCGCCCUGGGCCUCGCUGAUUGCCACGCCGCGGGACAAGACGCAGAUCCGCAGUGGCAGUCGCUGGAGCUCCGCGACAACCUGCUGUGGCGCCGCUUCGUGGACGACCGAGACCGCGUCACCCACCAGCUCGUCCCCGCUGUACUCCGCACGCUGCACGACGCCCCUGGCACCGGCGGCCACCUUGACCACGACAAGACGAUCGCCAAGGUGCGGGCCCACUUCUACUGGCCAGCCCUCUACCAGGAGGUCAAGCUGUGGUGCCUGUCCUGUCCUGCGCGUUGUGCCGCGUCAAGAAGGGUCCUCCCCGCCGCACCCGGGCCGUCACUACAGGACCAUCCUGGCCGUCGAGGCGGACGUGCCCUAGCUCGCCAUCAAGUCCGGCAGCUCGGCCCAAAGCGCUCUCCUAGCGCUUCGCCGUCCUGGGCACCAUGCUCUACUUGAGCACCACCGGCGACGUGCACUACGACAUCGACGACGAGCACAUACGUUCUGUAGUGACGGUGCGAAACAAUUCUCGGCGCAGCGUGGCGAGCAACUGUUACACCGAGCCGACUUACCAGGGCGACCCCACCCCUCAUCCACUCGAACAGCUCUGAGUAUUGGGUGUCGAGCGCGGAUACGGCAUUUUUACGCUGCAGUGAGUUACGGGCAUUGCUGCUACAAUUUCUACGAGACUGUCUUCACGGCGGUACCGAACUGCGUGUUCCAUCGGCUCCAUCUUCAACGAGUACAACAAUCUGGACGUGGAGAUACGUGAGAGCUGCCUUCCCCCAGGACGCCCCUUCAAGAUAAAAGCCGUGUUCGUCACUUGUCAGUUCUUCACCGAAGCAUUUGCCACAUGCCACGCACCCACCCACCGAACUACUACAGUAUGGGAUGCCAACGCCGCCCCCCGCUGUAUGAUUUCAGAAGUUUUCCCCUGUCUGCGACUACUUGGACCGCGCGGUGUGACAUUCCCCGGGCAGACAAGUGUUGCUGCGCGGCAGUAUAGGCAAAUCUUUGAGACAGUAUGCAGUCAGAAUGUAAUUGUUUUCAAAUCACUUACUUCCCAGCUCAUGACUUUAUCAUGUCUGUUAUGUAUCUAUUUUAACAUGUAUGGAUUCCAAGAGUUCUUUUCUAAAGUUCUGUUUGGGACUGUCAGGAGGUGUGUAAUGCUAGCUAAUGUAUAGUAAGCAAGAAAUGAUCAGGUAUCCUGUAAACUGCACAAACUAAUGUUUGAUUUCAUUUUUUACUUUAUCAAAAACCAUGGAACAGUAAUAAUAACAAAUAUUUACAAUACAACUGAUAUAACAAAACGUAUCAUGAAAUGAUGAAUGCAGAUGCAAAGCAGCAGCAACGAAAUGGCUCAGUAGAAAUGUCUGUCUAGAGGAGUGGGUCUUCUAGUAGAUGGUUUUAAAGGGGGUAGCAAAAAAAAAUUCUUUUAGGUGAAACUUCAAAAAUGUUCAAUAAAAAUUUUACUUAAAAGAAUUUUUUUUUCCAAAAUGGAUCCAGAUAUCGAAUAUCCCCUCCAUAGGUGCUCAGGCAAUACUAUUUACUUCCUUCAGAAAUUAUUUUACCCCAAUCAACAACUAAACCGUCUCCCCAAAAAAUUACGCACAUCAAAAUAACUUGGUUUGUUCCUGAACAUUCUUGGUCUAUCUGUUAUCUCUUUUAUCUCAUUUGGUAAACCUUUCAACAGAAGCGUUCCAAUUUAGGAAGGAUUAAGUUUAGCGAACCUGCCUCUAAUUGCUAUGUGAUAGUAAUUGUCCUCAUUCCUGGUAUUUUAAUCAUGCACAUCACUGUUUAAUGGGUUAGCAGUUUUAUCGACUAUGUACUAGAUUGCUUGCAUAAUAUACAGGCCAGGCUGAGUCAGUAGAUCAUUCUCCUUGAAGGCUGAUCUACAUGACUCACCAUAUGGACUAUUUUAGUGCUAUUCUCAGAGCUAAUUUCUGCAGUCUAAACAAUCUCAUUUUGGAACCUUGGCUGGCAGAACCUCAAAGAAGCAGUCUAUAACUUAAGUGGCUAAGAACAAGACAUGGAUCCCAAGGAAUUUUGUAUUAUGUGCUUUUUCAACUACUUCUAGAGUGACACUAAUGUUCAAGGCAUCAUCCUCUUUUUUGAUUGAGAAGCACAUAUAGUUUGUCUUAGAAACGUUACUUACUAAAUUGAUUUCAUUAAGAAAAUCUGUUACUUUUUGAGCUAUGGCUUCCAUUUGCACAUUCAGGCUUUUAGAAUGACACUUUUUUUUCUCUUGAAUAGAUAAGACGAUAUCCAGGCACUUGCAAUUCCUCUUAUACCAUCGUGAUUUAACAGUACUAUAAGUUUCUUGUGGUCUACACAAUCAAAUGCUCUAGACAUGUCCAGGAACAAGCCUGCUAUCUCGUCUUUUCUGUUUAUGGCAUUUGUUAUUGUUUAUAAGGCCAGGGCUUACAGCAUCGCUACUAGAUUUACUUUUCAGGAACCCAAAUUGCUCACUACCUAUUAUGCAAUUUUUAUUGAGGAAUUUUGUAAGAAGCCUUAUGUAGAAAGCUGUUUCAAAGACUUAAGCAAUCAGCGAUAGUGGUCUAUAAUUAUCAGGCAUUGUUUUCUCCCCUUUUUUAUAAAUUGGCAUAAGUUUGCUUUCUUUAAGUUUUGUUGGAAAAGUAUCCUUCACAAAUGACAGAUUAAUUAGAUGAGCAAGUGGGUGUGCAACCUCAUUUGCUAUUUGUUGUAGGACGUUUGCAGAUAUUUUGUCCAGACCAAUAGAUUUUUUGUUUUUAACUGCACUAUGAUGGCAGUCACCUCCUCUGCUGUUACUAGUUCAAGAUAAAUUGUACAAGGAUUUUGCUUGGAAAUAUUGUGGAAUAGAUUGGAAUGUUAAUAGUUUCAUCACCAAUUUUCACGUGA